AUGGCCUCAGUCACAUCUACAGGUCUCCUGGAUAUACCACCUGAGAUUAGAUUAAUGAUUUACGCACAGCUAUUCCGGACCACUUCUGACACGCUGGAAGAACGCGAGCAAAGAUUGUCUCAUCCACUAGUGGCCGUGUGCAGGCAGCUGCGUCAUGAGUCCCGACCUGUACUGAUGAGCGGCUUUCAAUUGUCUCUAUCAGCUUUCGCCGGGAAACGUCAUUUUAACUUUUACCAUCUUGAUAUCUCAAAUCAGCUCAUGUUCCGACAUCUCGUCACUACCAAACGAAAAGUUUGGGCCUAUCUUCCAGGUUACCUUCACUCCUGGUUCGACUUCUGCAAAACCGGCAUGGUUGAUCUCGUGCCCAUGUGCGGCCAAAUCCACAUCUGGUCCUGUUAUAGGAACAUUGGCGUUACCAUCACACCUCGGAAGAACACGAUCAGAAUGUCUGAUCCAGAUGGUAGGACUAUAGAAGGCCUCGAUGACCUCGCCUCGGACAAGAUAGGCCCAAGCGUAUCAGUCACAAACUGGUUACUGAAGCGACAGCUGCACAAGGCUCUCAUCAACUGGAAACUUCUAUGUUCCACGAGUCCUAUAUCUGUUGAUGUUGUCAACCAGAUUGCACAGCAACUGGAACAUAUUGUCGUGCGAGCAGCAAGAUGCGAUCGCGUUGAAACAAAUAUUGGUCUCUAUCGCAAUCACAGGUAUUUCUUGAAGGCGGGUGUUCCUUAUGCCGAACUGAGACAGAUGGCUUUGGCUGAUCUCGAAAUGAUAUGGGCCCACCACAGAUAG